CAAGACAAAUGUGAUGGGAACACUAAACAUGCUGGGUCUGGCAAAGAGGGUGGGAGCUAGGUUUCUACUCACCAGCACCAGUGAAGUGUAUGGUGAUCCUUUGCAGCAUCCACAAUCUGAGACUUACUGGGGAAAUGUUAACCCCAUUGGUGUUCGGAGUUGUUAUGAUGAGGGAAAACGUACCGCCGAAACAUUGACAAUGGACUACCACAGAGGACACAACAUCGAGGUGAGAAUUGCUAGGAUUUUUAACACGUAUGGACCACGAAUGUGUCUUGAUGAUGGUCGCGUUGUUAGCAAUUUCGUUGCUCAGGCAUUAAGGAAGGAACCGUUGACUGUGUAUGGAGAUGGGAAGCAGACAAGGAGUUUUCAGUACGUCUCCGAUUUGGUUGAAGGGCUGAUCAGAUUGAUGGAAGGUGAUCAUGUUGGUCCAUUCAAUCUUGGGAACCCCGGUGAAUUUACCAUGCUCGAAUUGGCAAAGGUUGUGCAGGACACAAUUGAUCCAAAUGCUAAGAUAGAAUUCAGAGCAAACACAGAAGAUGACCCUCACAAGAGGAAGCCAGACAUCACAAGAGCCAAACAACUCCUUGGUUGGGAACCCACCGUUUCUCUCCGGGACGGACUUCCUCUCAUGGUUUCCGACUUCCGCAAGCGGAUCCUCGGAGCCGGAGGGAGUGACGCCGCUGACGGAAAGUCUUUCUCAGGCGUUGACUCUCAGUAGUGUGGCUAAACUGAAGUGUACCUCUAAAUAGAGCUAUUGACUUAGGGGUGGUGGAAUGGUUGACUAGCUAGCUAGUUAACAGUAAUAAGACAAAUUGAAAAAAAAAUCAUUAAAUAGAAAUUAUAGAAUGAAAUUAUUUUCUUCUAACGAUUAUAUAUAUAUUUUGCAGUCACUAGGAGAUUCUUGGUCAUGUAAUUUGAGGUGUAACGUGUAAAACAAUAUUGCAUUUCUAGGAAUAAUAAUAAUCAUCCACCAAGUCAGGAAAAUUCCGAUCAAUAGGGUUUAUUGUAUUUCUAUUUUAUUUAUGGGGUUUCUAAUGUGUAUCUAUGGAUCAUACCAAAAUUAUUAACUAAUUUAUGAUAUCUUGC